CCAGCCAGCGUGUUGGAGCUCGGGGCUUGUAGACCGCCCGGCGUUGAGCUCCCGCACACUCUCGCGUGAUACGACAGCUAUCCCAGCAGGGCCCCGACACUGAUUAGCCGCCGCAGUCGCAGGCUGAUCGAUCAUGAAGGCAGGAAGGGCGUUGGCGGCCCUGCUGCAGCGGGGCUGGGCUGCCGCACCCCACCCCUCGCAGCAGCAACCUGGGGCCCUCCGGCAGCUGCAGCGCGGCCUGUCCGGCGGCCCGUUCGCAGGCCGCGCCGGAGGGGCUGCCGCAGCUGCGCCCUGGCUGGCGGCGGUGGCAGCGGGCCUGGCGGGCGGCGUCGGGCUGCAGCUGUAUAGCAGCACCGACCCGGCGCAGUGCCGCGCUGCCGACAAGCCCGCUGCUUCCGGUAAGGGGGCGAAGGAGUUUGAUAAGGAGGAGGUGGCCAAGCACCGCACCAAGGAGACAGGCAUCUGGGUGACCUACAAGGACGGCGUGUACGAUGUGACCAAGUUUGUGGAGCAGCACCCGGGCGGCGCGGCGCGCCUCAUGCUGGCCGCGGGCGGCGCCAUCGACCCCUUCUGGGCCAUGUACCAGCAGCACAACAACGACCAGGUCAAGGGCAUGCUGGAGGAGUAUCGCAUCGGGCGGCUCAAGGGCGGCGCCGCCGCCCCCGUGGCCGACCCAUACGCAAACGAGCCCGCCCGCCUGCCCGCCCUCAUCGUGCGCAGCCAGAAGCCCAUGAACUCGGAGACGCCCAAGGAGCUGCUGGUGGGCAGCCUCAUCACCCCCAACGAGCUCUUCUACGUGCGCAACCACCUGCCCGUGCCGCACGUGGACGCCGCCACCUACCGGCUGCGGGUGGAGGGGGAGGGGGUGCGCACGAUGGAACUGAGCCUGGAGGAGCUGCAGACCCGGUUCCGCCGCCACUCGGUCACCGCCACGCUGCAGUGCACCGGCAACCGCCGCAACGACUUCAACCUCACGCAGCGCCCUGUCAAGGGGCUGGAGUGGGAUGGGGGAUCCAUCAGCACCGCAGUGUGGUCUGGCGUGCGGCUGCGUGAUGUGCUGCUGGCUGCGGGGCUGGAGGACGACAACCCGGAUGUGGCGCACAUCCAGUUUGAGGGGCUUGACACGGACAUGGCCAGCCAGUGCUAUGGCGCCAGCGUGGAGGUGGACAAAGCCAUGGACCCUCAGGGGGACGUGCUGCUGGCCUUUGAGAUGAAGGGCGCCCCGCUGCCCGCCGACCACGGCUACCCCGUGCGGGUGGUGGUGCCGGGGGUGGCGGGCUGCCGCUCGGUCAAGUGGCUGGGCAAGAUCGUGGCGUCCGACCAGGAGAGCGCCUCCUUCUGGCAGCGCAAGGACUACAAGGCAUUCAGCCCCAGCGUGGACUGGCACAAUGUGGACUGGGAGUCGGCGCCCGCCAUCCAAAACAUGCCGGUCACCUCCCACAUCUGCGAGCCGCUGAGCGGCGCCGCCAUCGACGACGACGAGGUCACGGUCAAGGGGUAUGCGUGGAGCGGCGGCGGGCAGGGCAUCAUCCGGGUGGAUGUGUCGGCGGAUGGCGGCGCCACCUGGCACACCGCGGAGCUCAACAAGGUGCCGCAGAAGCGAGGGCGCGGCUGGGCGUGGGCGCUGUGGGAGGCGACCGUGCCGCUGCCCAAGGGCGCCAAGGGCGCCGUGCAGCUGGUGGCCAAGGCCACCGACGAGAGCUACAACACGCAACCGGAGCAGGCGGCACCCAUCUGGAACCUGCGCGGCGUCAACUGCAACUCGUGGCACCGCGUCAGCGUGAACGUGCAGUAGGCUUGGGGGUGCGGCUGGCUGACGCCGGCCGCAGCGGUGGCGGGCAGCUUGCCCAUGCGCGCUGCAGCGCGGGGGACUCGUGUCCACCAUCACCGCACCUUCUCCAUUCCUGUUGCAUGCUAUUGCUUCCUCUCCUCGAUUUCUUCAGCAUUCCGUUUAAUUGCUCCUUAGUUA